GUGCUUUGUUUUACCUGCAGAUGAUGUGGUUAAAGUGAAAGGUGAAUACAGUGAAAGAGAGGAGAGUGCUUUAAAUUCAGAGCCUAUGGAAAAUCCAGAAGAAUCUGAAAUGCCUUACUCCUAUCCCAGAGAAUACAACGACUAUGAAAGCAUUAAACUGGAAAGACAUUCUGGUUCAUAUGACAACGUCAGGCCAGCUAGUGGAAAGAUGAAUUGUGAUAUCUGUGGAUUAGCCUGCAUUAGCCUCAAUGUCUUGAUGGUCCAUAAGCGUAGCCACACGGGUGAACGGCCAUUCCAGUGUAAUCAGUGUGGAGCUUCCUUUACUCAGAAGGGUAACCUGCUCCGCCACAUUAAACUACAUACAGGGGAAAAACCUUUUAAAUGCCAUCUUUGCAGUUAUGCCUGCCAGAGGAGGGAUGCGCUAACAGGUCACUUAAGGACACAUUCUGUGGAGAAACCAUACAAAUGUGAGUUUUGUGGAAGGAGCUACAAGCAAAGGAGCUCACUGGAGGAGCACAAGGAGCGGUGCCGUACUUACUUGCAGAAUACUGGCAUGUGCGAAACUGCAAGCAUGGAGGCAAGGCACAUCAAGGCAGAGAUGGGGAGUGAAAGAGCCCUUGUGCUGGACAGGCUAGCGAGCAACGUGGCAAAGCGAAAAAGCUCAAUGCCUCAGAAAUUUAUUGGUGAGAAGCGACAUAGUUUUGAUGUCAAUUAUAAUUCAAGUUUCAUGUAUGAAAAGGAAAGUGACAUAAUGCAAGGACGCAUGAUGGACCAGGCCAUCAAUAACGCCAUCACCUACCUCGGGGCUGAAGCCUUGCGCCCUCUCGUGCAGACGCCGCCGGUUCCCACCUCCGAGAUGGUCCCCGUCAUAAGCAGCCUGUACCCCAUCCCCCUGACCCGCGCCGAGGUGCCCAACGGCAACUUGCAGGAUGCAGAGAAGAGCCACGGCCACCUCAGGGACAAAAGCUUGUCUUCUGACAGAGGCCUUUCCCCAAACAACAGCGGCCAAGACUCCACAGACACUGACAGCAACCACGAGGAGCGGCAGAAUCCCACCUUCCAGCAAAGCCAGAUGAUCCCCGCUCAAGCCCACAACGGCAUCCAGUCCUUGAAGGAUUUCCCAAGGCCGUAUGACAUAAUCAAGCCACCUGCCAUCUGCCCACGGGACGCCUUCAAGGUCAUCAACAAGGAAGGGGAAGCCAUUGGGGUCUACCGAUGCGACCAUUGCCGCGUCCUCUUCUUGGAUUACGUGAUGUUCACCAUCCACAUGGGCUGCCACGGCUUCCGCGACCCCUUCGAGUGCAACGUCUGCGGGUACAGAAGCCACGACCGAUAUGAAUUUUCCUCACACAUAGCACGAGGAGAGCACAGAGUCGUGCUCAAAUAA